GCGUCUUGUAUAUUUAACGAGUAGUUGUCUUCUUAUUUUAUGAUUAUCUUCCUUUGUAUCUAACUUUGCUAUAGUAUCUCUUGGGUUGUCUUAUACUUUGUUUACCUGUAUCAUCGUCUAUUAUAGGGCUUAGUAUAUAUAACCCAUAUUUUUUUUCUUCUUCUAUGGCUUCUCCUAAGACUCAGUAUCAUCCUCUCCAAUGGAGGAAGUCCCCGCAUGGGACCUGGGAGCGGGAGAUCGACGAAUGCGAGGAGUUCUAUAACUCAUCCAUCAGGGACGGAGAAGGUUGCUAUCCGGUUACCAGCUGCGCAUCUUUUAUAAUUAGGACCUCUGAUACUGUAACAACUGAAGAAGACGAAGAUCGUCGCAUUGAAAACGCUUUUCGGAAAGCUUGGACAAUUCUUCACCACGAUCACCCGACCUUGCGAUCUCGUGUCGAGCGUAGUGAGGACGGUAUCCGAUGGAAAAGAGUAUAUUCCACAUUCGAGGACGAGGAAGAAGAGAAGCGAUGGUUAGACUCGACGUUCAAAGCUAUCGAUGCUGAAGGGGCGCCAUUGCAAUGGUUCAAUAACACAUCUGCCCCGUUUAAGAUUUCAACCUUGUUUCUCGUCAAGCCCAAAGAGAAGAACAAUUAUCACAGGCAUCUUUUCUUACGGAGUCCCCAUGAUAUUACAGAUGGAGUUGGUGUUCUCCAGCUACUCAAUAACCUAUUCAAGCACGCCGCUCUCGCUUAUGAAGAAGGGGCUCGGUAUACUCUACCAGCGUGGGGCAAUGAACAUGAAAGACUUUCCCCAUGCCUUCGGCUUGUUACAGAAACUCCAAGGUCGUUUACUGAAUCCCAAAUCAAGCGUUUCGAAGAGAUUCAGACCCAAAAUGGGAUUAUCUACACUCAUCCCGGUCUCCUUAGCCUACCUUUAAGUUCUAACCCUACCACUUCACAGCAUGGGAAGAGGCAACGCGUCGCACUAUCGGUUUCCAAAGCUACUACGGAGAACAUUCUUCGUAGCUGCAAAACCAUCGCUCCUGGAGUGAGCGUUACUCAUGUCUUCACGUCAGCUUUGGCAUUAGCCCUCUCCGAAUUGCAACCUCGCAAAGAACAAUCGUACGCUGUUCGCUACGCCAAUCAGAGUAUGGUCAAUCUACGCCCACAUUGCCGCCAUCCCUACAACACGCCUGAGCAUGCAGCUGCUGCGUAUCAUACCGUCUCUGCGCAGGCGCUGGGCGUAGAUUUAGUCGUUCCGGCUUCAACGGACACAGGGAGUGAGAGGAACGUAGAUCAAUUGUCUACAAUUGCGAUCAAAGUACGGGAUUACUUCAACACCGUUCGCCCCGUCUCCCCUAGCGAUGAAAACAUCAUAUUUGCCCCAAUGGUAUUCAAAAGUCUUACGGCUCCGCCGGGUUUGGAUCCUCAUGCUGUAUCGGAAACUCCUUUCUGCCCAGUGCCGCUUUCCUCGAUCGGCAAUAUUGCUUCGAUUGUGUCACCAAAACAUGGCCCCUUCGAGCUGUCAAGUGUCUGGGCAGCUAGCGAACCAAUCGGCGCUGGUGUAGCUGUGUUUCUGGCGACUUGGGACGGAAACAUUGAGCUUUCUGGAGUGUUUGAUACACGAUAUCACAAUGCCGACUACGUUGAGAAGUUCUUGGGAUACAUUCUGAACUGUGCCCUCGAAGGUCUAGGCAUCAAUUGGAAUUUAUGAUAAUCUUGAUUAGAUCAUGCCUAUUAUAAAUCCCUAUGAAUAGAAAGAGUAUAUCCUACAAAUUGUCCAAGUUCAAAACGCAACUCUUCCAUUCUAUAAGAGGUACCUAUCAACUAUUGGAUUCUUAUUCCACCUUUGAGAUCUUGAACCCUCCUGGAACUCUGGUUUGGAAAACCCCCGUGGGGUCGUACUUCGCCGCGGCCUCUUUCAUCUUCUUGAUAUUUUCCUCUCCGUAGGUGCUGAAAGGGUUCUGCGACCCGUCGCAAUAGUUUAGGUAUAAGAACCCGAUAUCACCGUUAAGUGACUUAGCGUACGAUUCUAUCUCGGCAAUGGCUGCCUUUAGAGUAGGAAAUCCGACCCGAGAUGAUAUUUCGGGGGUUUCAACCUCGACAGCUGCUACCAAAAGGACGCAGUCAUCCUGUAAACGCUCAAUCCCAAACAUAUUACCGCCCCGGGCCACGGAGUGGCGUGCAAAUGACGUUGGCAGCGGUUGCAAUACCAUCGAGAUGUAAAAGUUCCCAUCGGGAAUCUGCUUCUUCAGUUCCUCAGCCAAACUUUCGAAUACUUCGGUCGCCUUCUUGAUGAUCCUAGCG